AUGGAUUUUGCGGAUUAUCUAACUCCGCCGCCCGAGGAGCGAAUAAUCCGUAGCCACAAUCUUAACAACGAGCAGCUCAAGGACCUAGAAACUGCCUUUUCACUAUUCGACCAUGAAAAGGCCGAGGUAAUUCCCAUGAAAGAAUUGAGGCCCCUCUUGCGGAGCAUAGCCUACCAUCCCACGGACCUGGAACUGCAGGAUAUCACCAACGAAAUCGAUCCGGAGGGCUUGGGGGAGCUAUAUCUCAGCGACUUCCUGUACAUAAUGUCGCAGAGGUAUGCAAAUAUGACCCCCGAGGACGAGAUCAUUGCUGCUUUCAGAGUCUUUGACUUAGAGGGAACUGGGUUUAUUCCUGAAUCAGAGUUUCGCCAUAUUAUGACAAAUCUGGGCGAGAAAAUGACCGAGGAUGAGAUUGAGGAAAUAAUUCGGGAUGCCGACUCCAACACUGAGGGAAACAUCGACUACGUUCGUUUCGUCAACAUGAUGUCCGAGUCAUAA